AUGAAGAAAUGUCUACUUGAUAAGGAAUAUGACGAGGUGAAAGAGAUUGUCAAGAACUCCGGGCUGUGGCCUGCGGUGAAGAGUGCAGUUAUUGAGUAUGACAAAGUUACCAUAUCUGUAUUCUAUGAGUGGUUUUAUGGAAUGACUGAUACAAUGUUAUUCCCAUCCGGUGAGAUGGCUCUAACUCCCGAUGGUGCUCAUCAAAUUAUAUUCCUCGAGGUUGAGGGAAAAUCCAUCAAAGAUGGCUACGAUGAGGACAUUUCUUGGGAGAAUCUCUUCAAAUUGACCAAGAUCUUGUUCGGUUUGGAUGAGAAGCAGUCGGAGUCAAUGUUUGUGAUGAAGGAUAUUUAUGGAAGCAAGAAGUUAAGUAUGAAGGAGUUGAGGGGCAUAUACUAUGGGACCCAGGAAAUCCAUGCUAGGAAAGGAAGUGUAGACUUGGUGCGAAUUAAUGCUACUGCGCCAUCUUGUUUUCUAUACGUCCUGGACAACUGUAUCUUCCCCGAUAGUUACGGAAGCUUGGUCGAUGGAAAGUAUCUUCAAAUAUUGCAUCCCUUUGAUCAGAUGCAUAACUAUUCUUGGGGUAAUGCAGUGGUUGGAUUCUUGAAUGCAGAGUUGACAAAGGCUUCAAGGGCACUCACUAAGCAAGUUAACGGAAAUCUAUGUCUCUUCCAGGUAAUUCUAUUAUCUAAAUCAUUUAUAUUUGAAAAAUGCUUAUAA